AUGCAGCACUACGGGGUGAACGGCUACUCACUCCACGCCAUGAACUCACUGAGUGCCAUGUACAAUCUCCACCAGCAGGCGGCGCAACAGGCCCAGCACGCGCCUGACUACAGGCCGUCAGUGCAUGCCCUCACUCUGGCAGAGAGACUGGCUGACAUUAUCCUUGAGGCCCGAUAUGGCUCCCAGCACCGAAAGCAGCGGCGCAGCCGGACAGCCUUCACUGCCCAGCAACUGGAGGCCCUGGAAAAAACUUUCCAGAAGACCCACUACCCUGACGUGGUGAUGCGUGAACGUCUGGCCAUGUGCACCAACCUGCCUGAGGCACGCGUUCAGGUAUGGUUCAAGAACCGCAGAGCCAAGUUUCGUAAGAAGCAGCGCAGCCUGCAGAAGGAGCAGUUACAGAAACAGAAGGAGGCAUCUGGACCAGCGGAGGGCUCCACAGAAGAAUCCAAGACCGACCUAAACACAACCAACACCAGUGCUCCGGUUCCUGAGGUCAGCACUCCUCCUCCUCCCUCCUCCACUUCCUCCUGUCACUCAGAGGCAGAGAGGAUCGCAGCUACUCGACCACAGCCUGGAGAGAUGAGUGUGGAAGUCAACGUCACCUCCCCUGAGCCAUCGGACAGCGAGUCAGCAGCAGAAGAUAAUGCCGACAGAGAGGAGGACGAAAUGAGAGGAGAGACAAGGGUGAAGAUGAGGGAGGAGAUUCAAGGGGAAGGGGGGUUGCAGCUGGGGAGCGCAUCACCAUCCUGCAAACGACUAAGCCCAACAUCAGACUCUCCCCUAAGCCCCCUCACCUUACCCUCCUCCAGCAGUGCCAGCAGUGGAGUGGCGCAAAGCAACUCCUACGCCUCCUCUCCUCUCAGCCUCUUCCGGCUGCAGGAGCAGUUCCGGCAGCACAUGGCCGCCACCAACAACCUUGUGCACUACCCAUCCUUUGACAUGAGCACACCAUCUUCUAUGCCUUACUUAGGCAUGAACGUCAACAUGCCGGCCCCGCUGGGCUCGCUUCCCUGCCAGCCCUACUAUCAGACCCUGUCACAGGCUCAGCAGGUGUGGAACAGUCCGCUGCUGCAAGCGGCUCCAAGCAGCCUCCCUGGCAGCCUCAACAGCAAGACCACCAGCAUCGAGAACCUUCGUCUGAGGGCCAAGCAGCAUGCAGCCUCACUGGGAUUGGACACACUCCCCAACUGAAGCCUGGACUGUUCAGUCUGUGUUCACCCAAGCCAGGGCCAUACCUACGAACUAUGGGUCAUGUCAACAUUUGAUACUCUCGGUCCCCCUUCAACUUCUUUCUGUCUUCUUACUACUUUCUGAGAAUGUGUGUGUUGAACCAAAAUUCCCUGUAAAUUCUCACAAAAUAACCCAGGCAAAAGCUCUGUUUUUUUGGUCUCGACGAAAAUAGCUGACAGGAAAAGGACUUCAAAGUCCCAAGAGUCUAAACUACAAAAUUAUGCUUGUUUCAUAAACAGUCAUUUAAAUGCCGGGAAUGUUUUGAUGCAGUUUUCUACAUUUCAAAUUAAUCCAAUUUUAAAACCAAAGCUCCAUGACAACCGGUAUGCCUAGAUCUAUUGAAUUUUUGGCAUACGGAAAACUCAAAAUAUGUUUAUUAGGUACACUCCUUCAGUUUGGGUCCAUGGGUUUUCAACACCACCCCCUCCCCUCCCCUCCCCUCCUUCUCCUUAUCGUUAUUGUAACAGCAUGCAGCUCACCACGGGGAGCAACCACAACAUGAAGAACAUCUCUGCUGAAUGGACAUGAAAUAAACAAAGAAUAUAUAACAAGAUCUCAAAGGACAUUAUGAAAAAAUCCCCCACCUGGACUGCAAUUGUGACUGUAUCUUUGGCCGUUUGCAUUUGACUUCUCUUGGUCAGCUGUACUGAUUCUAGCCUCUCACUUCCAUAUCAGCAUCCUAUGUGAAGUCUGGGCAGGAGGUCCUGAACCACUGAGCUGUCAGUUUCAUUGCAGGACAGAUAAAAGAUAUUGAAGUAUUCUAUAUUAAACCCCUAACUGCAAACUAUGUAUGCAUGCCUCCCUCUGAAACAUCGCUUACAGACGCAAAAGCCAGAAUGCAGUUUCAUCAGAUCUGAUAUUGAUAACAGAGCUCAGAUGACUCGGUAUAAUCCCAGGCCAAAUAUAGAGAUAUAUAUAUUUUUUAAUAGAUGACACCAUUCUCUCUUGUUUAAAGUAACAGCACUCAGCGCAGCAUUCAAGAAUCCAUUUAGCGUUGUACAUAUCUCUCAGUGUUUGCCCCCAGCAGUCUGGCUAAAGAGUUUCGCCAUGUCUCCUUUUAUGUGAAAAAUUUGAGAGGAAACAUAACAUUUAUUUAUGGAUUUUGGCUUUAAGCGAGGGACCUAUGGUAGAAAUGAAGGAGGGGCGGUGACAAAUAAAUAUGAACACAGCCGAUAUGUUCGCUGAUGUGCUUGGCUGAACUCGAGAGUCGUCACUUUUUCUGAGCCAGUGGCUCAUUUAGCAGAAAGAAACACAGGCCCAUUCACUAUGUAAAAUAUCACUGUAUAUUGAAGACAUGUAUUUCUCAAUUGUUUAAGAUGUAAGUAAUUUAUCUGUUCAAUGCAAGGGAAUAAAUCAAACAUAAGAACAA